AUGCUAUCUAAAUGUGGUAGAACCCUUGUAAGAUCUGGUUUGCUGCCGCCGAUGUUGCAGGCCUGCAGGGUAAUGUUGCGUCAGAGGAGUGAUGUUGUAAGAUCCAUAUGUUCGAAAAGGACGUUUGGGACACAAGGUAUACUUCAGUUUAAGGUGACGGGCUACCAGUGGGAUAUUUCACAACGUCUGGAGGAUGUUAAAGUUGAAAAGGUUUCAAUACUGUCGCAGAUUAAGCCACCGACUUCAACAUCCGUGGAGCCGAGGUCUAAAACGACGAACAUUUCUGAGUUGAAGAUUCUAAAGGAUUUGUUUAAGUACAUAUGGCCUCAAAAGGAUAACAAGGCGAAGGCUAGAGUUUUGAUAGCUCUUUUUCUGCUGAUACUUUCGAAACUGUUGAAUGUGCAGGUUCCAUUUUUCUUUAAGAAUACAGUUGAUUCAAUGAACAUUGAGUGGGGGGAUGUGACUACUUCGUUACCCAUUGCAAUAACGUUGACCGUUUUAUCAUAUGGUGCAGCCAGGUUUGGUUCUGUAUUGUUUGUGGAAUUACGUAACGCCAUAUUUUCCAACGUAGCUCAGAAUGCAAUUACCAAAGUUUCGUUGCAGACAUUUCAGCAUUUGAUGAAGUUAGAUCUAGGCUGGCACUUGCGUAGACAGACUGGUGGGCUAACUAGGGCAAUGGACAGGGGUUGUAAAGGUAUCUCAUAUGUGUUGAGCGCAAUGGUUUUCCACAUUAUUCCAAUAACAUUUGAGAUAACGUUUGUUUGUGGUAUACUGACUUAUCAGUUUGGUUCUUCUUUUGCAGCUGUCACGUUUGCAACUAUGCUACUCUAUUCGAUAUUUACAAUUAGGACCACUGCUUGGAGAACACAGUUUAGACGGGAUGCCAAUAGUGCAGACAAUAAGGCGGCUAGCGUAGCCCUAGACUCUUUAAUCAAUUUUGAGGCAGUCAAGUAUUUUAAUAACGAAGAAUACUUGGCCAACAAAUACCAUAAAUCCUUGCUAACUUAUAGGGAUUCUCAAAUCAAGGUUCAACAAUCAUUGGCAUUUCUCAACUCAGGACAGAAUUUGAUAUUUACGUCCGCCUUGACAGCUGUGAUGUAUAUGGCUUGUAGCGGUGUUAUGGAAGGCUCGCUGACCGUUGGAGACUUGGUUCUUAUUAACCAACUGAUAUUUCAACUAUCUCUCCCGCUGAAUUUCCUGGGUAGCGUUUACCGUGAAUUAAAGCAGUCUUUAAUUGACAUGGAGUCUUUAUUCAGAUUGCAAAAGAACAAAAUCACCAUCAAGAACGUUCUUAACCCGCAGAUGUUGCCUGAAAAGCUUCCAUCUGAUAUAAGGUUUGAGAAUGUGACGUUUGGAUAUGAUCCAGAACGUAAAAUCUUGAAAAAUGCAACAUUCACAAUUCCAGCAGGGAAGAAGACAGCGAUCGUUGGUCCAUCUGGUUCUGGAAAAUCUACCAUAUUGAGAUUGGUUUUUAGAUUCUAUGAACCGGAACAAGGCAGAAUUUUGAUUGACGGAAAGGAUAUCCGUGAGGUGGACCUGGAUUCCUUGAGGAAAAGUAUAGGUGUAGUACCACAAGACACUCCGUUAUUUAAUGAUACCAUAUGGGAGAAUGUGAAGUUUGGAAGAAUUGACGCUAGUGACAAAGAUAUUACAAAUGCCAUAGAAAGAGCCCAAUUAACAAAGCUGAUCCAAAAUCUACCCAAGGGGAUAAACACAAUAGUCGGUGAAAGAGGCUUAAUGAUAAGUGGCGGCGAGAAACAAAGACUUGCAAUAUCUCGUGUUCUACUUAAAGACUGUCCAUUGAUGUUCUUCGAUGAAGCUACAAGUGCCUUGGACACCCAUACUGAACAAUCGUUACUAAAGACUAUCAACGAAAAUUUCGAAGGCCAGUCCAAGACUAGCGUUUACAUCGCUCACAGAUUACGCACCAUAGCCGAUGCAGACAAGAUCAUCGUACUCAACAAUAGCCGUGUACACGAAGAAGGUGACCAUAAAACAUUACUAAAAACCCCUGGCUCACUUUAUAGUGAGCUCUGGAAUAUCCAAGAAAGUAUGACAGUAGAUAAAAGCAAAACAGAAAAAAAACUCUGA